GAGUGGGUGGGUGCUGCACGCCUCAGCUUUUCACAAACGCUCGAGCGUUCGAGUUGUGAUUUUAAACGUCCUGAAUUGCUCCAAGCCUAAAUCGAAAUGCAGAACCUGUAAUUUGAUAGACAGUCACGGGGAAAACACACGAACGGUUUGGCGUUUCUCAGUUUCGCACCACUUGGAUACAUUUCGUGACCACUUGCGCGCAAAGACAUCUGACUCAAUGCAGACAAAUGGUAUUUUAUUUGAGGAACUGUGAGCUGUAGAUGAAAGACGCGGCCGCUCUUUGAUCUGAACGGAGGCGCUUACGGGAACAUUAUCGAUUUGGUGGGAAACAAAAGCAACUUUUAAUCGCGUCCAAACAGAUCAACUGGGACUCGAGUGACAAGCGAUUGAUGGAGAGUCGCAGGCCCGCGAUUUUUAUUCGAACCUUUUAAAUCGUGUUUUGUCUUUUUUGCGCAUGUGUAUCACGUCCGUUCGUUGUCUUAAUAGUUCUGUGAUUUUGUGCUGGAGCGGGACCGACAGAGCCUAAAGUCACGAUCCUUCGUGCGGUGUUCGGUAAGUGCGAGUUUGCAGUGCGCACGGUUAGAUCAUGGGGUGCACGGUGAGCGCGGAAGACAAGGUGGCGUCCGAGAGAUCAAAGAUGAUCGACAAAAACCUGCGAGAGGAUGGAGAGAAGGCGGCGCGGGAGGUGAAACUGCUGUUGCUCGGUGCAGGAGAAUCGGGGAAAAGCACCAUUGUGAAACAGAUGAAAAUCAUUCACGAAGAUGGCUACUCAGAAGAUGAAUGCAAGCAAUAUAGAGCCGUGGUGUACAGCAACACCAUUCAGUCAAUAAUGGCUAUUAUUAAAGCCAUGAGUAACCUCAAGAUCGACUACGGAGAGCCUGGAAGAGUGGACGAUGCUCGGCAGCUGUUUGCUUUGUCGGCGGCAGCAGAGGAGCAGGGAAUCUUGACCGAUGAUCUGGCCAAUGUGAUGCGCAGACUCUGGGCUGACGGAGGCGUGCAGGGCUGUUUCGCUCGCGCCAGAGAAUAUCAGCUCAACGACUCUGCUGCUUAUUAUCUAAAUGAUCUGGAUAGGGUAGGACAAGCGAACUACAUUCCCACCCAGCAGGAUGUUCUGAGGACCAGAGUAAAGACCACUGGGAUUGUGGAGACGCAUUUCACUUUUAAAGAUCUGCACUUCAAGAUGUUUGAUGUUGGAGGUCAGAGGUCGGAGAGGAAGAAAUGGAUCCAUUGUUUUGAGGGAGUCACGGCUAUAAUCUUUUGUGUGGCCCUGAGUGCGUAUGACCUGGUGCUAGCAGAAGACGAGGAGAUGAAUCGCAUGCACGAGAGCAUGAAGCUGUUUGACUCCAUCUGUAACAACAAGUGGUUCACCGAGACCUCCAUCAUCCUGUUCCUCAAUAAGAAGGAUCUGUUCGAGGAGAAGAUCACAUGCAGACCUCUCACCAUCUGCUUUCCUGAGUACUCAGGAGCCAACAAAUAUGACGAGGCUGCCAGUUACAUCCAGACCAAGUUUGAGGAUCUCAAUAAGAAAAAGGACACGAAAGAGAUCUACACCCACUUUACCUGUGCUACUGACACCAAGAACGUACAGUUUGUGUUCGACGCAGUCACAGACGUCAUCAUCAAAAACAACCUGAAGGACUGCGGCCUUUUUUAAUGCCGGCGGCCAAGAAAACGACAAGGAAGGUGUAAACUACUUGGUCAACGGAUUUCUACACGACAUGCAAGACUGCCUUCAAGUACCUAUAAGAAUCUAAAUGUUUUUAUUGUGAUAAAGGACUUUAUGGAAAAGAAACUUCACAGAAUUCCAGUUAUCCCUGAAUUCCGGCACACCGCCCUUCUUUCCUGAACCUCAUUUUAAACCGGUUCUCAAUUUGUAAAUAUUUUAUUUUGGAGUUUUUUUUCUGUCAAAAAAAUGAGAUUGAAAUGAGAGUCGGGAUUAUAUUCUGAUAUUUCUUUCUAUUGAUCUUGGUUUUAGUUUUUGACAGAGUAAUAACGGGAUGGGUGAGGACUUUGCUAUAAAUCCGGUCACUGAUUCUAUGAAUGUGCUGAUUUUAUGAAACUCUAUGUUUAUUAUGUAGUUAAUGUGAGCACACAAAGCAAACGAAACUUCACCUUUCUAAAACUUUGGCACCGAAUCUUCAUCACUGGCUCAAACUGUAUAUCGUUGCAUGACGGACCAUAUAAAAAUCGCUGGCUCCUUCGCUCUGAACCACAGCGUAACAUUUUCUCACACACUAAAGCGUCUCGAGAGUCUACUAGUUGGACUUUGACACGGUCUAAAAUUGACUAACAUGUAAAAUAUUCAUAUCCGUCCACACAUUUCUCGUUCCUGUUGCUGUAACAUCUUUUUCUUUUGUGGAAUGUUUGUGCCUUGUUUUCACUGUCUGUAGGUCAUAGGGCUGUUUUUAUUCAUUCUUCAGAUGAAAGUGUCGAGCACAUUUUAAGAGCUAUAAAAAGCUUAGACAGUCUUUGGUUUAAUAUCUAAAUAAUACCAUACAAGAUUUUGUUGGAAAUAAAAGCUGAUAUGUAACAUAAA